AUGAUUUAUUGAAGAAUUUAACAAUUUUUAUAAUAUAGUAAGAAAAAUAAUAAGAUAAUAAUGCAAUUCCUUGAAGUCCUAUUGUCACGCCCCAGAACCCGAAUCCGAGGCGCGACAGACGCCGUGCACCCGUGAGACAGGUUCCACAAGUGCACAAGGCUCGGAACUUAUUCAAAUCACAAUUCGAUCACAAAAUCUCAAGAUAAAAUUUUUACAAUCUGCUCUGAUAUCAUAAAAUCUCCAAAUACACUCUAGCUUACAGGAUCAUGACUUAUUUCUAAAUCUAUGUCAAUCUCGAAAUGGCUAGCCUUCUAACUCGUCACUCCCCUUGAUUUUCCCAUCCUCGGUUUCGCUUCCUGAAAUGGUGGACAAGGAAAACUAUGAGAUAACUCAGUAAGUAAAUAUGGAUAGCCCUUGGGUAAAACUUUUAAGCAUGCCAGAUAAACAGUUUAAUAUAACCAAAACGCUCAGUGACAAAAUCAGAUUCAGUUCAAUAACAAAACGUUUCAUGACAAACCGUUACAUGCAUAAGAAAACUCAGUUCAGUAGUCUCAUCUAUAAGUCAUGGCCAGUGUUUACAAACUCCCACUGGCAGGCGUCAGUAAUGGUACCAGUGUUUACAAACUCCCACUGGUAGGCGUCAGUAAUGGUACCAGUGUUUACAAACUCCCACUGGUAGGCGUCAGUAAUAGUGCCAGUGUUUACAACUCCCACUGGCAAGCGUCAGUAAUGGUGCCAGUGUUUACAAACUCCCACUGGCAGGCGUCAGUAAUAGUGCCAAUGUUUAACCCCAUCGGUAGGGUGAACCGGUUCCACAGAAAUACAUGUCGACAUGUGCUAGCGUUUACAGCUCCCACUAGCGGGCGUCAAUAAUCAUGACUAUAUCCGAGACAAAACCAUGCAGGAUUUACAGAAAAACCCCAAUUUCACAAUCAAUCCCGAAUUUCAAAACAAACCAGAAAUUUCCAUGUGACCAUGGAUUUAACAGAAAACUCAGAAUUUGCAAACUCUCAGUUCAUCAAAACAGUUCAGUCAAUUUGUAAAUAGGCAUGCUCAACUCCCGAAAAACAAUGAAACUCUCAUUUUCAUUUCAAUCAUGUUCGAUUCCAGAAAAUCAAUAAAAUCCUCAUUUUCGUUCCAAUCAUGCUCAAUUUCAGAAAAACAAGGAAAUUUCCCAUAAAACCCAUCACAAUUUGCAUUCCAGUUUAAUCACACUCAAAUGCCGAUAAAAUCAAUUUAAAGCUUGCCACCAUCUCAAAAACAGUUUAAAACAUGCUUUAAAAUCAAAGGGCUUUACCAUAAUUUACUUACCUCACUCGCAUAGAACAGAAGGCUAACCCAAGUGCUACGGUGACAGAACGAUCAAAACCUAAUCACAAUAUUCCACAAUUAAUAACCAUACCACCACAAAUUUAAAGUAAAAUCAUCAUCGGGACUACCCCUAAUCUCGAUGCUAUUUCUAUCAAUCUCCACAUAACUGGACAUCUCCACAUUCAUUCUUAUAUCACAAACUAAACCUUUAAAUCCCUGUUAAUCGUUAACCCUCGGUGUGUGAACAGUGUUAUAUGAACAGUGCCGUGAACAGUGUUAUAUGAACAGUGCCGUGAACAGUACUGCCACUUCCAAACAUUAGCCAAAACACUAGCUAAUUCACGGGAUUUUCUCCCUAUAAACCACACAGCAACUAAAUCAAGAAAUUUCUACCACAACCAAGCUUAAAACGUGUUUUAUGCUACCCAAAAUCAUCCCAUAAUUCUAGCACAAUCUCGGACAACACAAGCAACUAAAUGGACAAUACUUAA